GUUGCGGCCCACUUAGCGGCGGAGGCCGAGUCCCUGCGGCUCUGGUGACAUUUGUCUCUGAGAGCACCAGACGUGUUAGCGUUUGCAACCCGAGACAAGGAGGAGGCCUUACGUCCAAGUUCCAACUGCGGUGCGUGAUCACACCCACUCUGACGGGACCCCAGGCGCUGCUGUCCUGGGGUCAAAGGAGCUGGUGAAGGCCCUGCUGAGGGCUACCAAAACAUGUCUGGCGUUUCUGGGAUGUGACGGAGUCUCCCUCUUGACAGGACGCUGCUCCAUUGGAGGGCUACCCUGACCUACGACACCCUCCGGUUUGCCGAGUUUGAAGAUUUCCCUGAGACCUCAGAGCCCGUUUGGAUACUGGGUAGAAAAUACAGUGUUCUCACAGAGAAGGAGGAGAUCCUGUCCGAUGUGGCGUCCAGACUUUGGUUUACAUACAGGAAGAACUUCCCAGCCAUUGGGGGGACCGGCCCUACCUCGGACACAGGCUGGGGCUGCAUGCUGCGGUGUGGACAGAUGAUCUUUGCCCAAGCCCUGGUGUGCCGCCACUUAGGCCGAGAUUGGAGGUGGGCACAGUGGACGCAGCAGCCAGACAGCUACUUCAAUGUCCUCAACGCUUUCAUCGACAGGAAGGACAGCUACUACUCCAUCCACCAGAUAGCGCAAAUGGGAGUUGGCGAAGGCAAGUCGAUAGGCCAGUGGUACGGGCCGAACACGGUCGCCCAAGUCCUCAAGAAGCUGGCCGUCUUUGACACGUGGAGCUCCCUGGCCGUCCACAUAGCCAUGGACAACACGGUGGUGACAGGGGAGAUCAGAAGGUUGUGCGGAACCAGCUUCCCCUGUGUGGGGGCUGCUGCGAGCCCUGCAGACCCCGGCCACCACUGCAAUGGCUUCCCUGGCGGAGCGGAGGUAGCCAGCAGGCCUUCGCCAUGGCGGCCCCUGGUGCUUCUCAUUCCCCUGCGCCUGGGGCUUACAGACAUCAAUGAGGCCUACGUGGAGACGCUGAAGCACUGCUUCAUGAUGCCGCAGUCCCUGGGGGUGAUCGGAGGGAAGCCCAACAGUGCGCACUACUUCAUCGGCUACGUGGGCGACGAGCUCAUCUACCUGGACCCCCACACGACACAGCCCGCAGUGGAGCUCACGGACAGCUGCCUUGUCCCCGACGAGAGCUUCCACUGCCAGCACCCGCCAAGCCGCAUGAGCAUCAGGGAGCUUGACCCCUCCAUCGCCGUGGGCUUCUUCUGUAAAACUGAGGACGACUUUAACGACUGGUGCCAGCAAGUCCAGAAGCUGUCGCUGCUCGGCGGUGCCCUGCCCAUGUUCGAGCUGGUGGAGCAGCAGCCCUCCCACCUGGCAGGCCCUGAUGUGCUGGCCCUGUCCCUCGAUUCCUCUGACACAGAGCGACUGGAAAGGUUCUUCGAUUCCGAAGAUGAAGACUUUGAAAUCUUGUCCCUUUGAAAUCCUGGGGCUGGGGGUUGGCCUCCACUGGUCCUUGCAGUGUCAGAACCAGCCCCACCCCGGGCACUGCGCUGCCACACCCCUCGCCCCGCCCGCUGCCUGCCAAGGGCCACCCACUCUGAGGACGGCGCACCCUGGAGGCCUGACUGCUCAGCCUGGUUCAUGCUGGCUUGUCUGGCAUGAGGAACAGCCUGCAGGGAGCAGCCCUGGGCCUCUGGGAGUUCACGACACUGCCAGCCCUGAGCGUGUCCACGUCCGUCCUGCCUCCUCCAGGCCUGUCCUGUGGUUGGUUUGGCAUUAAAGCCCUGCUCGAACUCAUUGCACAGACACGAGUCUCAGGGCACUUCCCCAGCUGGCCUCGGCUGACCUGCAGGUUGGUGUAUGAGGAGCAAUGGCCAGUGGCCUCAACCACAGCCGGCAAGCCCUCGGGUGUGUGCCUGCCUGUAGGCUCUGCCCAGUGUGCUGUUGAGGGUCCCCUCAGGGCAGGUCAGGCAGGGAUUACUGCAGUGUCACUCCUGGCUCUGGGGAAGGGGCAGGCAGGUAGCUGUGGGGACCCGGAUAGUGUGCAUGGCCCACAGCUGGUGCGUGGGGCACCUGCACGGCUCCCAGUCGCUUUAGGGCUGGGGCACUCCAGAGCUGUGCCCCUCCCCAUCCUGUUCUUUGUGGGACUGCCCUUGCAGGUCACUGAGGUGGGUGGUGAGACCUGAAGGGUGGGUGGGCAGCGUGCACUGGUGGGCAGUCUCCAGGGUUCCUCUGCACCUGUGCCAGUACCUGCUGCCUCCCACCCUGUCCCCAGGUCCCCGAUGUCACCCCAGCUAUUAUCUGUCCAGUGGUUCUGGCCCCACCAGGAGACAGGAGGGGCAGGAGUACCUGGCGCCCUGGGAGCCCUGCGCAGCAGAGGCCGGGCUGAAGCUUGCUCAGGUGUCCGCUGUGGCCAAGGAAAGCAGGGAACCCUGCCCAAGUGCUGAUAACUUAUUUCCUCUCCUGCCUUUCUCCCCUCUGCUCCCCUCACAGGGCUGAGAUGGGGGUAGAGGGAAGACUGGGCAUGGUCCCCUUCCAUAGGGCUGGGUGGACCCCUGCCCAGGGGAGCUGGCUAUUUUGGAAAAGGCUUGCUGGAGACUGGUACCCAUCCUGAAUAGCAUAGUCUGCAAUUCUUAUUGGCAAAUAAUAACCAUUUCGGUAGAAAACA